CUUGGGAUCCAUAGCGAUAUGGCUGAUCACCGGACGGGACGGCGUUGUCAGCAUAAGCCAACAAUUCAUGCAGUAAAGGUCGAAAACAACGAACUCAUUGAGAAAGCGGGACACUAGAGCACACCACGUAUGAAGGGACACGAUUUAACCGUUACCAACAGGGCGAAAUAUUCUGUUAAAUAGCCAACUACUUAAACGAACUUGUCGCAGUGGAUACAAACGUGCCGGAUUACCAUACAGAAGUGGAACAAUAGUCUCCUGCAUCCAAACCUUUCACCAGGGCUGUGGGGCUGCCCGCCCGCCCAGCCAGGCUGCUGAGAAGAUGGACAGGAUGAAGAUAAUCAAGCGGAGGCUGUCCAUGUCUCUACGCAGCGCUCGGCCUGUCGAUGAGACCCUCUCCGAGCUGGCCGAGCAGAUUAACCUGGAAGAGCCCCCCGUAGCCAGGGACAACGCAGAGCCCAUGGUUGUGCGUGCGGUGCACCCCCCCGCCUCCCACAGCGCCCCGGCCUUCUUGCGGCAGUACGCCGGGCAGCUGGGCCGCACCGCUCUGCGCAGGGAGCUGGAACGGGACAGACCCUACCUGAGCCUGCACAGGACCGGAUCUCUGGGCAUCGUCCAUGAGAAUGUGAAGAUGGGCUCCGACGGGGAGAGCGACCAGGCGUCCGGUACAUCUUCUGAUGAGGUCCAGAGUCCCGUGAGGGUCCGCAUGCGGAACAACCACCACCGACGGAUCUCCAAUGAGGACAUAAACAAGCGCCUCUCUCUCCCAGCUGAUAUCCGGCUUCCGGAGGGAUACCUGGAGAAGUUUGCGAUGAAUAGCCCGCCCUUCGAUAAGCCCAUGAGCCGCCGGCUACGCCGAGCCUCAUUGUCUGAAAUAGGCUUUGGAAAACUGGAAACGUACAUCAAACUGGACAAAUUAGGAGAAGGGACCUACGCCACCGUGUUCAAAGGGCGGAGCAAGUUAACAGACAACCUGGUGGCGCUGAAAGAGAUCCGGUUGGAGCACGAGGAGGGGGCGCCCUGCACGGCCAUCCGUGAAGUGUCUCUGUUGAAGGAUCUGAAGCACGCCAACAUCGUCACUCUGCACGACAUCAUCCACACUGACAAGUGCCUGACGCUGGUGUUUGAGUACCUGGAGAAGGAUUUGAAACAGUACAUGGAUGACUGCGGUAGCAUCAUGAGUGUCCACAACGUCAAGCUAUUUCUCUUCCAGCUGCUGCGAGGUCUUGCCUACUGCCACAAGAGGAAAGUCCUCCACAGAGACCUCAAGCCUCAGAAUCUGCUCAUCAACGAAAAAGGAGAGCUCAAACUAGCUGACUUUGGUUUGGCCAGGGCCAAGUCAGUCCCUACCAAGACGUACUCUAACGAAGUGGUGACAUUAUGGUACCGGCCCCCAGACGUGCUGCUGGGCUCCACUGAGUACUCUACACCCAUUGACAUGUGGGGCGUGGGCUGCAUCUUCUACGAGAUGGUCACAGGCCGGCCGCUGUUCCCCGGUUCCACAGUGGAGGACGAGCUGCACCUCAUAUUCCGCAUCCUGGGUACGCCCACGGAGGAGACCUGGCCCGGCUGCACCAACAGCGAAGAGUUCAAGACCUACAACUUCCCCAAGUACAACGCAGAGCCCUUGGUCAACCACGCACCCAGGAUAGACAGCGAUGGCCAUGAUUUGCUAUCCAAACUCCUGCAGUUUGAGGCCAAGAAGCGUAUUUCAGCAGAAGAUGCCCUCCGGGUGCCUUACUUCAAGAGUCUUGGAGAGCAGGUUCAGUCACUAGUUGAUACUGCCUCACUCUUCUCAAUAAAAGAAAUUCAGCUCCAUAAAGACCCAGGCAAGAGGUCUGCUGUUUACCCAGAAUCAGUCCUGUUCAGGUUUCUCCAGCGGGAGUUGUAACCGUUAUGUUGAGUCUCCCAGGGGAAGAGUAGAAGGCAGAGUGUGUUGUUUUAGUGUCGGAGGGGUCCAGUGAAGGUGUGGAGGCAGGGAGGUCCGGUCUCAGACACGCGCUCACUGACCCCCACCGCACAAACUAAACAAACGGAGAGACACACACUCUCGCCAGGGACGUGCCGUAGGAGGCAACAAUGAUGACAACAACAAUGACAACAACAUAAACAACAACAACACCACAUCACCACAAACAAACAAAAAAAAUACCUGAAGAAGAAACCAGAACUAUAAAAGAAACUGUCAACUACGCCCGAAUCGAGAUUGAGAAACUGCGACCUUAAACUUGAUAGAAGAUAAAUAAAGUAACUCCCCACUACCGAGAGAGAGAGAGAGGGAGAGAAAGAAGAGAGCAUGAAGAUGGGCAGGGGAGAAAAAAAGAGAGCAAGAGGAUUCUCAUUGCUGCUGCUGUUACGACAGCUGCCCAGGGGAGGGCAGUGUGUACGACGUGGACUUAAACAAAACCUUGCUGUAUCAGUGAGAAAGAGGGGAAACCUAGCCCUUGGAAGGGAUGGCGGACACACUUAAAAAAGAGCAUGAGAGAGAAUGCAACCGUCUUUCUCUCCUUUGGUCUUUUUAUUUGGGGUCGGCUGAACUGUUGUACAUAAAGAGAAGGAGUUUUAGAACUCUGCUUUUUUGUUUUAUAAAUAUCAGCCUGAAUCCCAAACUCUAAAGACGUCACCUUAUACAUGCAGCCCUUAUAACUAUUUGCCUUUUCCAAUAGAAAACAUCUGACAGACAGGCACACUUGCCCCCUCUCCUUCUUACUUUCGACUCUCUUGUCUCUCACACACACACACACACACACACACACACACACACACACACACACACACACACACACACACACACACACA